AUGGACCUGAGCCAUUGGGAGAAUGCUGGUGACUGGCAGCAAGUGGCGAUGCUGGUUGGCUUGAGUCUUUGUAAUGAAGAGGAGGAGCUGAAGAAGCAGCUGAAACGGCUGGUGAGUUUUGCGGCCAUCCAGCCUCAGCUGACCGAGCUGCUCAAGGCCCACAAGAGCUAUGGCUUGAAUGGCUUCAAAAUGCAGAGGCACGCCCAGGCGGAGGAGGCGUACCGUGCAGCCCUUCAGCAGGAGAAGAAACAUCGAAGCGAUCUGGGCCUGGGCAACCGCGAGCCCUUGCCGCCCCCGGCCCCUCGCGCAGACCGAACAGACGAGUCGCUGAAGGCCGAUGCGGUUGGGAGGGCCAUGACCGACCCAAGUGCCCGAGCGAAGGCUGUGCCUGAGGAAGCGACGAUCCCGGCUCCUGCAGCUCCUGCAGACGUGGAAAUCAGUUCGGCGGGCGAGGACACAGACGACGAUAUGGCCUGGGCAGCUCAGAAGGAUCGGAGCUCAACGGAGGAGCCCUUCACAGAGGCCAACGACCUCGCUACAAGGAGCUUGACAGAGUCUCCCAGCCAUGAGCGGAAGCCCUGCCGACGUGGUGCGUUGCGGCACCGGAGCACAACAGAUUUGCGAAUUCGAGAGAAGAAGGCUGAAGCAGUUGACGCUGCCCCGGCAGCAGUCCCUGAAAGGCGAGCAUGCAGCCGCGCGGACGUUGCUGCUGGCGAUUCUGUUGGCGAAGCGACUUCCGGCAGCUCCAACGCACGGCAGGCCUUGCAGAAGCUUUUCCAAUCGAUGCAGAAAGACAAGCCGAAGUCAGGUUCUUCUUCGGAGUCCACUUCCAAGCUGUCGGAGACACGGAAGGCCCUGUGCAAGCUUUACGAAUCCAUGCAAAAGCGAAGCAGCUCUUCCUGA